AUGACGAAACGAGAGGAGGUAAAUAAACAUUCCUCUUUAAGUGAUGGGAAUGCUUCUUCUGGAAAACAGCUGAAGAGGAAGAACUAUGGGAAGCAGAAAAUGGUAGCAGAGAAGCGGAAGAAGAGGAAGGGCAAAGCCACUUUUCCUGAGUCCAAAGCUGAAUUUGUUCCAAAGGGUUUUAAAAAGCCAAGACAGAACAAAAAAUAUUGUGAAGAAAUAAUCGAUUCAAGGGUACUGGUUUGGUGGCCAGAAGACCAACAGUUCUAUGAGGGGGUAGUUAAGACAUAUGAUCCAAUAAAGAAAGAGCAUAAGGUGGUAUAUCGUGAUGGUGAUAUAGAGAUUCUAAAAUUAGAAACGGAGACAUGGUUACUUAGCGAGUCACGACCCUUAACUUUCAAAGAAAGAUCGGAGAAAAUAUUAUGCUAG